AUGACGAUAGCUGCUGGAUUCACCCCCAUACCCACUAGUCAUUCAAGAAGAUCAGUGCCGUUGGUAUCCACUACAAACCCUUUGAUAACGUCAAUGCUCUAUAGGAUUUUCCCAAUAUUGAUAAUAUUCAACACAGCUUUAGAUUUCGUGACAUGGACAAAUCAAGAUCCUUUUAUGAAUUUCAUCUAUCACUCAACGCUAUAUAUAUUCAUUUACUACUAUGACGUAUCUAUAUAUUACUUCUAUAUGCCUAUUUUGGUGACUUUGGUGUUUUCUUCAAUCAAUUAUUACAUCAAUUCAGUUUAUUCCCAUGUCAAUGAAGAAGAACCUACACUAGAGGAAAUUGUUGAUACUUUGGACAAUUUUGCUACAAGAGUUGAUAUAUUAUUAGAGCCAUUCAAAACAAUCAAAAUCUCUUUCAAAAAGCUAUUGAAUUUUCUAUUUUUGGUUACUCCAGUUCACCUCUUGAUGUUGAGAUAUCUGAUGCAACCCAAAACUUAUUUAUUGUUCUUGAGCAUCAUCUUAACAGCUUUCCACUCUCUGUGGUUUCAAGCUACAAUGAAAAUACUAUGGAGAAGUCAGUUCAUAAGAAAUAUAUUUAGUUUCUUUGUUGGUGAAAACACUGCUCAUUUUUACAACAACUAUAAAAUCUUGAAUGAAACCAAGAUUUCUAAAGAAAAGAAUGGUAAAAUUAUACAAUUUCAAAUUAUUGAAAAUCAAAGAAGAUGGAUAGGUUUAGGAUGGAGUGAUAAGUUAUUACCAUAUGAAAGAGCAAACUUCACAAAUGAGGCACUUCAAGAAACUUCCUCUCCUGUUGGCUUUGCAUUCCCUUUCAAUUCUAAACAGUGGCAAUGGCUGGAAGAGAAAUGGAAUAUUGAUAUGAGCUUUUGUGAAGGUAAGAAUAAAGACGGAUGGCUAUUUUAUGAUAACUACUGGCAAAAUGCACAACUACAAGAUUCUAUUACAUCUUAUACCAGGGCAAGAAAAUGGACUAGAAAAGCUGUCCUUAUUUCGGAGAAGAAUAAAUAG